UGUAAACAUUGCCCAAUAAUUGCAGUAAAUUAUCUGCUAAUUUCCUGCUUCUCAAUUUAAAAAACCCAGUUUUAACUUUAUAGUCGUAUAAAAUUUCAAAAUUUAUCUUCCAGACUCAUCAUCUGAUCUUAAAAAAUGUUUCUCUUAAUUGCUUUCAUAAUUUUACAAUGCAGUGUUGAUCUACUCGCACAAGGUACUUCAUCCCAAAUGAAAAGGAAAAUUGGAUCAUCCUCAGAAGAAUUGUCACUGAGAUCUCGAGAACAUUUUGAGCGGAUUUUGAAUCUAGAGAAUAUUACAGAUUUUUAUGAUAAAGACUUAAUUAAACUCACUUUGGAUAAACUUCUUAAUUUAUAUAUAAAGUCUAUUAAGCCCUUAGAAGAUGCCUACAAAUACAAUGAUAUGAAGCAUCACAUAAUGAAUGAAGGUGAAAUUUUUUCUUUGCCUAUGGUAACUCUUCUUGGACCAUGGAGUACUGGCAAAUCUACUCUUAUUAAUUAUAUUCUUGGAAUUGAAAAUUCAUCUGUUUCUUUAGAUGCUGGAGCUCAGCCAACGACAUCUGACUUCACUAUAUUAGGACACAGUGAUGAACCUAAAAUUGUUGAUGGAAAUGUUUUAGUCAUGGAGAAACGGUAUUCAACUUUAGAAAAGUAUGGAAAAGUUCUCCUUGAAAGGUUGAAAAGCAUCCAAAUUCCAAAUAGCAUCUUGAAAUUGGUUAAUUUUGUUGAUACUCCUGGAGUUAUUGAGAACAGAAAACAGCAAGAAAGAGGCUUUCCUUUUGAUGAAAUUUGCCAAUGGUUCAUUGAUCAGUCAGACUUGAUCAUCAUAGUUUUUGAUCCUGCAAAAUUAGAUGUCGGAACUGAAUUGGAAAAGAUAUUUAAGCAUUUGAAAGGUUAUGAAGCAAAGGUGAGGAUUGUUUUAAAUAAAGCUGAUUCUAUGAACUCCCAAGAACUGCUCCGAGUGUAUGGCACCUUAUUUUGGAGCCUAUCUCCUUUAAUCAAUGUAACUGAGCCACCUCGAGUAUAUGUCAGUUCUUUUUGGUCAAAAGCGUUUCAAGGAGUCUCUAAGGAAUUCCAGGCUAUGUUUAUCAGAGAUGAGGAAUCUCUACUGCAUGAUAUAUUUGAAGUUAUGGCUAACAGACUCCAAAACAAGGCAGCCUUUCUUCGACGUCAUGCUGUUUUAGUCAGAAAUCAUGCAUUGUUAGUUGAUAGUUACAUCAAUGCCCUUGCUCAACACCGUUCGUUUUUCCAAAGUGGGAAGGAUAUAGCCGAUUUGAUUUGUGAGAUGCCGCACAAAUACAAAGUAUAUCAAAAGGUUUUAGCUCACAGAGAUAUCAGUGACAAGGACUUGUUAUCUGCACCUGAAUAUCAAGAGUUCUUCUCGCUUCACUCCAUGGAGAGCUUUAUCUCAUUGUCAAAGCAGUGUGGAUUCAUAUCAUUGUGUCUGUUAGAUGCAAUAGAGAAAACCAUUUAUGAUGACAUUCCAAAUUUGUUGAUGGAAAUCGACAAUAUGAAGUCUCAAACCUGUUUCCAUAGGCAAACUUGUAAAGGUGUAUGAUAUAUUACUUAUAAAAUAGAAUCUGAAUUAAAUUGCCAUAAUUGUAAGAAAAUUAUAUUUCAUAGCUUUGGAUAUAAAAUAUGGAAUGGAUAUUCAUUUUUUAAAUCUUUUGUCCCUUGUAAUGUCUAGAAAUUAAAGCAAAAAUAAGUACUUAUAGUUUAGAAAUCUUAAAGAGUAUACUAAGAUUUAUGU